AUGGCCCUUGCGCGGGGUGGCCUGGCACCGAAGAUUCUUGUAGAUAUUGAUAUCUCUGUUAUCGAAGUUGAAGGCUUGGACAUCAUGGAUCUGAACAGCCUGUCUAAACUGCAGACGGAAGGGGUCAAUCCCCGGACGGUCCAAAUCGACCGCAUGUCGACGCUGGAGAUGUGCACGGUCAUCAACACCGACGAUCACCGGGUAGCGGCGAGCAUUGAGCCCUGUUUGCCCGAGAUCGCAGGUGCCAUUGAUGCGCUGGCUUCGCGCGUGCGUCGGGGAGGCCGAGUGGUGUAUGUGGGAGCCGGCACAAGCGGGAGACUUGGCAUUUUGGAUGCUUCAGAAAUUCCGCCAACCUUUGCCGCCCCUCGCAGUCAGUUUCUUGGAAUCAUUGCAGGAGGCGAUGCCGCCAUUCGGGAGGCUCAGGAGGGCGCCGAGGACGACGAGCAGGCCGGCGAGGAGGAGAUGGAGCGGCUGGGCCUCGAUCCCGAGCUCGACAGCGUGAUUGGAAUCGCGAGUUCCGGGCGCACGCCGUACGUGCUCGGGUGUCUUACGUUUGCGAAGCGGCUGGGCUGCAACACCAUCGGAGUCGUUUGCGCAGCUCCCUCGAUGAUGGGCCUCUCGGGCAAUGUGGAUUUCCUGAUUGCAGCCCUUCCUGGACCCGAAGUUGUGACCGGAAGCACCAGACUCAAAGCCGGCACGGCAACCAAGUUGGUUUUGAACAUGCUGAGCACGGGAACGAUGAUCCGGACGGGCAAGACAUACGGCAACAUGAUGGUCGAUAUGGUGGCAUCGAACUUGAAACUCGAGCAGCGAUCCCGCAACAUGCUGCGACGGCUUAGCCCAAAAUGCGGCUCAAUGACGGAUUCGGAGCUGGAUGCUCUCCUUUCCAAGAGCAAACACAGUGUCAAGCUCGCGAUGUUGAUUGCUGAAACGGGUGAGUCAAUGGAGACCUGUGAGAAGCUCCUGCAGUCAGCUGGGGGAGUGCUUGCUACUGCAUUGGACAAAGUAACUCGACCCACACAACCACGAUCAGCGAACAGUGGGAUCAUUCGGAAGUUUGUGUUGUGUAUCGAUGGCGGAGGCACCAAAUGUGCUGCAGCAGUUACCGAUACUGACGGAGUCAUGAGCCAUGGGUAUGGCGGGCCAUGUAAUCUGACGGACGGUCUUGGGAACGUGGAUGGAGUGGUAGCCACAUUGAUUGGAGCCACCAAAAAUGCACUGAAGGAGCACUUGCCGAGCGGCACAGAGCCGACUGAGCCAGAGUGGCGAGGAUAUUUGAAGGACAGCUUCCGAUCCGUCUGGAUUGGUCUGGCGGGGUUGGAUCGCGCUGGUCAACAGGGAAGGUUGGCCCCGAAGCUGGCGGAAAUCUUUGGCUUUGACCACACGGCGGCCAACUUCCGAUUAACCACCGACGUCGAAUUGCUCCCAGCUGUGUCGGAGGACAGCUCCUCCGUGGUGGUUCUCGUCGCAGGGACAGGAAGUGUAGCCAUGCGUUUUACCCGGAGAGAAGGUCGCUACGUGCGCAUGGCUCGCUCCGGCGGAUGGGGCCACAUCUUCGGUGAUGAGGGUGGCGGGUACUCCAUCGGUCUGGAUGCGAUCAAGCACACGCUUGGUGUCCUCGAGGAAAUGUCUCUGGGUCUUCGCUCGCAGGGUCUGGGCGAAUUCGAACAUGCGAUCAUCAGACAACUGGGUUGUCACGUCGCGGACGACGGCAGCAUCGACCUUCUAACCGACAUCCUCUCGCAAAAUCGCAUGCAGAAUGUCAAGACCCGCAUCGCCGGAGUGGCGGAGACCGUUUUGAAACUAGCACUUGGCAACCAGACUGCCAUGGCCAUCGUGGAAGACCAAGUUACCAGUCUGGUCAACAACGCAUUGAGUCGCCUGGUUGACCCCAGAUGCAGCAGUUGCGUCACGCCGGAGGAGUCCGAGAUCAUCUUAGCAGGUGGAUUGAUGAAGAAUGAGGGAUAUCAACGGGCUCUGCAACGGCAGUUUGCCCAACGUGGCUUGAACUUCCGAAGUGUUCUCGUCGUAGACGACGUUGCCGCGGCAGGUGCCAAGUACUUGUCGUUGCAAUGA